UCUUCCGCUCGUGUUCCGGUUUACUAAUACCCGGCUUCUCACCGCGGUGGGCACGCUUCGUUCCUUUGCGCAGGCGCGGUGUGCGGUCCACGCGCGCGGCUAUGCCGGCCCGGCACGUCUCGCGGGUCCGGGCCUUGUAUCGGCGCAUCUUGCUGUUGCACCGGGCUCUGCCCGCAGACCUCAAAGCCCUUGGCGACCAAUACGUGAAGGACGAAUUUAGGAGACAUAAGACCGUUGGUUCUGACGAGGCCCAGCGUUUCUUGCAGGAAUGGGAGGUGUAUGCAGCAGUGCUAUGGCAACAAACUAAUGAAAACAGACAAAAUUCAACAGAAAAAGUAUGUUUUGGAGCUGCCCUACCAGAAGAAAAACUUAAUGACUUUCGUGAUGAACAAAUUGGACAGUUGCAGGAGCUGAUGCAAGAAGCUACUAAACCCAAUAGACAAUUUAGUAUUACUGAGUCUAGGAAACCAACAUUUUAGUCUACGCAAUAAAGCUUAACAAGCAUUUUAAGUUCAGAACCCCUUAUUUUAAGUCUCAUGGUUUUUAGGAAUUUGUUUCUUAAGCUUUUAGGCUUUGAGAAUGCCUAGUAUUAAUGAAAUAUUUUAUUUGGGGGAUGUUAUUAGUGGUAUCUACAAUAUAUAGAUCAAUAUGACUAGUACACAAAACUGCAUUUAAGUAACAGUACUUGCUGGAUAGGAUUUGAUUUUUGGACUAAACAAGAAAGAAUGACUCUAAAAUUCCACAAAGUUGUGGAAUUUUGCCAGAAUUUAUUUUUAUAUAUAAAUUUAAUACUGUUCUUUUUUUCCAAUCAGGCUACAGGGUUUUUUUUUUUUUUUUUUAUUAAAAUAUAAUGUAUUAUGCUGUUCUUGUUCAAGCAUUAGCCUCAUGGUUUUAGCUUCAACAGAUAAGUAUAUUGUGAUAAUGACAGAUGUGGAAUUCCAGCAAGGUUGUUAUUUAUAUAUAUUGUCAUUCUGAAAGUUUCAUCAUUUCUACUUUAAUGAUUAUUCUUGUAAAUAUCCAUUCUCCCCGAGUCAUUGUUCAGAUACAAUGACAGAUUAAAAAGAAGCUUUAACAUUCAGUACCAUCAUACAUUGUAUAAUCUAUCAUACAAAUGAUAGUGUAAUGUUUCUACAGUGUUUCUUAAUAACAGAUGAGCCCUUAAAUUUAUAUAAUUUGUAGUUACCUUGAGAAUCUCAUUUAUUGCCUCAAAGUUGGGGAGAUAUAAAAACACUUUUAUAAAUUUUUUAAGUUGAUUAUAAACUGAAAAAAAUCAAGUGGUAAUCCCAUGUACAUCCUAAAAUGUUUAAUUUAAAAAAAAUUACUGAAACGACUUGUAACUUUAGUUAUGUAUGUCUACUUUGAGAUUGUGAAGUGAUUAUUUUUCAGAUGCUAUUGCAUUUAUUCAGCUCUUUAAAAAUUGAUUCAUAUUUACUCUCUUUUGCCAUAUGGGCUUUUUGUCUGUGUAUGGCUGCCAGACUCCUCACUCCUUUUUAGUAUUCCUCAUUGAGUCUGCAACCCUCAAUGUACAUUGAUGUAACCACUGUGGAAAAGAGUAUGGAGGUUCCUCAAAAAAUCAAAAAUAGAAAUACCAUAUGAUCCUGUAACUCCGCUACUGGGUAUUUACCCAAGAAUACGAAGACAUUAAUUCAAAAAGAUGUAUACACCCCUAUAUUUAUUGCAGCAUUAUUUGCAAUAGCCAAGAUAUGGGCCCAAAGUGUCCAUUGAUAGAUGAAUGAAUAAAGAAGACACAGUGUAUGUGUACAUAUAAACUGAAAUAUUACUCAGCCAUAAAAAAAGAAUGAGAUCUUGCCCUUUGCAACAACAUGGAUGGACCUAGAGGGUAUUACUCUAAGUGAAAUAAGUCAGAAAAAGACCAA